AUGACCGCGCCUCGACCCAUUACCAUCCUCUACUUUGCCGGGGCGCGCACGCUCCUCGGCACCUCGACCGAGACGCUCGCCUUUCCCGAGGGCAAGGACACGCUGCCCCUCUCGGCGCUGCCCGAGUUGCUCGCGUCGCGCCACCCAGACCACGCCGACGAGCUGCGCACGCUCCUCGAGUCGUCAAAGUGGAGCAUCGACCAGGACAUGAUCGACGCAGACGAGGUCGGCGGCGUCACCCUCCGCCCGGGCCAAGAGGUCGCCGUCAUCCCACCAGGCAAGGACGGCGAACCCAUCACCGUCCACCCAAUCGAGCCCGAGUCCAAGGUCAAGCCGCCGCCAACCCCCUCGGGCUUUUGUGCCUUUGCGUCGUCGCGUUCUUCGGACGUGGCCCCUCUGAUCCCCUCGGUGCUGAGCUAUUCGCCGGCCCCGUCGGGCACCGAAUCCAACCUGCUCCUCCUCUUUCACGGCCUCGGCGACACGGCGCGCCCCUUUGCGACCCUGGGCCAGUCGCUGCAAAAGACGCUGCCCCAGACGUCGAUCCUCAGCGUCCAGGCGUCGAAGCGCGUGCCCUUCCUCGAUCAGGGCGAGGAGGCCUGGAUGUGGUGGGACACCUUCGACAGCUUCGCCGAGAUCCUCACCAAGCCAGAUCCAACUGCGACCGUUGCAGGCAUCAAGCUGCUCCUCGACUACCUCUCGGCCCCGACCGACGACGGCGGAUGCGGCUGGCCCACCUUUGCGCUGCAUCUCUUCGGCUUCGGACAAGGCGGAAGCGUCGCGCUCGAGUCAAUGGUCGCCUUCAACCGGGCACGCCGGGCCAGGGAAGCGGCCGCCGCGCCAGCAGCAGGCGAAGCGCCGCCGACCAACCCCAAGACGAUCGAGAUCGGGAGCGUCGUCAGCGUCUGCGCCGGUCUCGUCUCGCACCCGACGAUAGACCCGCUGCCGACGACGCCGGUGCUGUACCUGCACCGCAUGCCAUCGCCGCCGACAUCGACGAUCGCCUCGCUGCGAAAGGCGACGCGCGCGCUCAACAUCGAGAAGCUGAUGCCCGUCGCCCAACGCGGCGGCGAGAUGGCGACCGAGGCAAUGCCGACGGGCCAAAAGGAGUGGGACCCAAUCAUUCACUUUUGGGCGCGGCUGCUGCGCAACCGCAUCAAGUGGGAGGUCGAGGGCGACUUGUACACGGUCGGGUAG